AUGGGACCUGAGAAGCACCAGGGCACUGCUGCAGCCACCCCUCCUCUGGCCCUGGAUGCCAGGGUGCAGGUCCCCUGGGCCCUGAAAGAUGGCAUCUGGGCAGGACCAGGCCCUCCCAGGCAGGACUGUGAAGAGCCUGCCCCGUCCUCCACUUCAGAGGAGCAGGUAGCCCGGGACACAGAGGAGGUUUUCCACAACUACGUUUUUUACCGCCAUCAGCAGGAGCAGGAGGCUGAGGGGGCGGCUGCCCCUGCUGACCCAGAGAUGGUCACCUUGCCCCUAGAACCUGCCAGCGUCAUGGGGCAGGUGGGUCGGCAGCUCGCCAUCAUCGGGGACGCCAUCAACCAGCGCUAUGACGAGGAGUUCCAGACCAUGCUGCAUCACCUGCAGCCCGCAGAGAACGCCUAUGAGUAUUUCACCAAGAUCGCCUCCAGCCUGUUCGAGAGUGGCAUCAACUGGGGCCGAGUGGUGGCCCUCUUGGGUUUCGGCUACCGCCUGGCCUUGUACGUCUACCAGCGUGGACUGACCGGCUUCCUGGGCCAGGUGACCCGCUUCGUGGUUGACUUCAUGCUGCAUCACUGCAUUGCCCGGUGGAUCGCGCAGAGGGGAGGCUGGGUGGCAGCCCUGGACUUGGGCAACGGCCCCAUCAGGAACGUGUUAGUUGUUCUGGCUGUGGUUCUGUUGGGUCAGUUUGUGGUACGAAGAUUCUUCAAGUCAUGACGCCAGGAGGGGCUCUUUGGGGUUCCAGCUGAGAUCCCUACCUGGACUUCAGCUAAGCCUUCUUCCCUUACCACCUCCCCGCAGGGGCCCUCCCCUCAAGAGUACAGAAGCUUUAGCAAGUGGGCGCUCUGCUUUGAGGUGCCCCUGCUCGGGGGUCAGUCAGGCCUCUGGGGCACUCCAACACUUCAUGGUGCUAAUGCGCCCCGUCUACGGGCUCCUGGGCCCUGUCUCUGGGCUCAGCUCUGUCUGCUGGGCUUUGGGGAGGUUGAUAACUUAGGGAAGAAAGAAGCUGGGAGGCACUUUCCCCCAAGAAGUCCUUAAUGGUUUUAGCUUUUUAUAAUGCCCUUAGAAGGACACCUCCCUCACCCUAUUCCUACCACUCUGCCCCAAGCCAGGACAUCUAAGGUGCAGGUGGUUAGUAGGCCUACCCUGUGUUGCCCAGGAUUCAGUUGUUCUGGAAGCUCAGAGCUUUAGAGCUGGGCCUGGAGCCCAGUCCUGGCCCUUCCAAAGCAUCUUGUCCCCCAGGAACAGGACUGGCUGUGGUUGGGGAACAACGACCUGCUCAACUGUCCCCUCAUCCCAUACUGCCUUGGCAGGGGGACUCUCAGGGAUUCAGGGUCUGGGGUGUGGAGUGAGGGUGCAGACUGGAGCUGUGUGAAUUUAUCCGUAGGGUGCCUCCAAACCUGCCUCCUAAGGUCCUUCAUCUCUCCCUUCCCCUCACCACUAGCUCCCGAUGCCUUCAUUACUAGUGAAGGCUGUCUGUCCCAUCACUCCACAUAAGGAGGGCAGAGACCCCCUCCUUGCACAGACUUCAGGGUUUAGGGCUGUGGUUUGUUAUUGUCAGGGAAGGGCUAGUGAGCUCAUCUUGAGGUUUCUGAGUGAGACAAGGGCUAUUAAUAUCACUAGGAACCCCAAGGUUGGAAUCCUCCCUCAUGGGCUGGGCACAGUGUAAUCUGGGGGUGGGGAGGGGGAACUGUGAAUAUUUGACCUCUAUCCCCAGGCCCCUAUCCCCUAUACUCAUGGCUUAAGCUUCUCCUAUGAGUAGGGAGUACCUUGUCUUCCUUGCACAGCCCAGGGAAUUGGGAAGAGAAGUUGCUGAUUAAGCCAAAUGCAGGGAGCCCACUGGCCACCCCCACCCUUUGAGAGUGUCUGAAAAUAAACUGCCAUCCCCCCA